AGAUCACUCAGUGGACUAAACCAAAACAAAGUUUACUUCGGUCAAACGGUCAAACUCAGCCUAAGCGACACCGUACGUGUAUAAAAUACUGAUAGCACAUAGCACCACAACACAGACAGAAUAGAGCGAGUACACAAUACGCUCAAAUUUCUCAACCACCUGACAAUGGUCAACAAGGAAGGGUCAUCAGCGCCGACAUCUCCGCCAACGCCGGUGCCAAGGGUUGCGGUGGUUGUUUUCAUCUUGAAGGGAAAAUCUAUAGUGAAGAAAUUUAAAAACAAAAUUAUGACAUUUAUUAGCAGUCUUUUAUUUUAUUUAAAAAAAAAUAGAUGUAUUAAUUGUGAAAGGGCUAUUUCGGACUUUGCACUCUCAGGGGAGAGCUUUGAGGAUUGUGCGGCAAGGGAAGUGAGAGAGGAAACAGGAUUGGAGGUUGGGAAAGUGGAGCUGUUAACGGUUACAAACAACGUGUUUUUGGAAGAGCCGAAGAAGUGCCAUUACGUCACUAUCUUCAUGAGGGCAGUGUUUGGGGCAAAUGAAGCAGAGCAAGUGCCACAGAAUCUGGAGCCGGAGAAGUGUGAUGGGUGGGAGUGGUAUGCGUGGUCUCAUUUGCCAAACCCGUUGUUUGGGCCUCUUGAGAGGAUGGUCAAAGGGGGUUUUGAUCCAUUUCCAGUGUAAAAUCCUUUUUGGGCUUAGUUCGGUUUGGUUUGGUUAACUUUGGGUUAUAAUAGAUCCGCAUGAGCAUUGUAAUCUUAAGGUUUGUAUUUAUUUCAUCUUUGGGUGCUGCGACUUUGUAUUGGAAUUUGGUGAGGCAAGAAAUGAACGAGCAAGCAUAAUUGGAUUGGAUUCACCAAUUUCAAAUAACAUAUGAUAUGCUGAUAAAAUCAUAAUCGAACCGACUUGAGUUAGUCGAG